AUGGACCUGGACCAGACCCGGAUCAGAGAGAACCAGGGCCCAGAUUUAACGGACCUGACCCGGAUCAAAGAGGAGAACCAGGACCCGGAUUUAACGGACCUGACCCGGAUCAAAGNCCCGGAUUUAACGGACCUGACCCGGAUCAAAGAGGAGAACCAGGACCCGGAUUUAACGGACCAGACCCGGAUCAAAGAGGAGGACCAGGACCAGUUCAACAUCGUGAUUAAGGAAGAAAACCAGGACCCGGAGUAUGAGCAGACCGGACUGGAGGAGGAGAACCAGGAGCAGUUCAGAGUUCAGGACUCAAUGAAACACAGACACACAAAUGUUCUUCACACCAAAGAGAGGAAGCACAGCUGUGAACAAUGUGGGAACAGUUUCACCACGGCCAGUCACUUAAAGACCCAUCAGCGUGUUCACACCGGAGAGAGACCGUACAGCUGUGGUCAGUGUGGGAAAUCUUUCACGGAUUCAUUUCGAUUAAAAACCCACAAACGCAUUCACACCGGAGAGAGACCGUACAGCUGUGACCAGUGCGGGGCAGCGUUCAGCAGGUCGUGUUACCUUCAAAUCCAUCAACGUAUCCACACAGGAGAGAAACCCUACAGCUGGGACCAGUGUGGAAAAGCGUUUGCCACGUCAAGUAAGUUGACGGUCCACCGACGCAUCCACACCGGAGAGAAACCGUACGAAUGUGACUUUUGUGGGAAGGCUUUUGCAAUUCCGAGCAGUUUAAAAAGUCAUCUACGCAUCCACACCGGAGAGAAACCAUAUGUCUGUGGUGAGUGUGGGAAAGGUUUCAGUCGCUCGAGUAUCCUGAAGAUGCACCAACGCGUCCACAGCAGUUAUUUUUUUAUGGACCAGCAUGCAUCUCGUCGAACGCUGAUAUCGCGGGAACACGAAGAACAAAGAGUGGCGCCAAAAAGAGUCCAGCUGAGAGAAAACAUGGACCAGACCCGGGUCAAAGAGGAGGACCAGGACCCGGGAUUCACGGACCAGACCCGGGUCAAAGAGGAGGACCAGGACUCGGAUCAGUCCGCUGGUCUUCAGAAACGGAGACGCACAAACACCCAUCAGAGCACCAAACAGAAGAAACCGUUCCGCUGUGACGAUUGUGGCAAAACGUUUACAACUUCAACUAAUUUAAAGAUCCAUCAACAUGUCCACGGCCAAGAGAAGCAGUUCAGCUGCGAUCACUGUGGGAAAACAUUUACGACCUCCAGCAGUUUACAGAUUCACGAGCACAUCCACACCGGAGACAAACCGUACACCUGCGACCAGUGCGGGAAAAGUUUCUCUCGUGCGUAUCGAUUAAAACAACAUCAGCACAUUCACACCGGAGAGAAACCACACACCUGUGACCAGUGUGGGAAAUCUUUUGUUGAGCUCAGUUACCUGAAGGAGCAUCAGCUCAUUCACAGCGGAGAGCGAGCGUUCAGCUGUGACCAGUGUGGGGCAGCGUUCAGCACGUCACGCUACCUGAAGCUCCACCAACCUUCUUGA